UCAACGGAAAGAGCCGAAGAUGUCGGCUCGGUCAUGUGAUCAACUGUGUCCAAAUCACAGCUGAUCACAUGGGACAUGUGCACUGAUCAUCAGGGCACUGAUGAUCAGUGUGCCCUGAUGAUCAGUGUAGCCCCAGCAGUGCCACCUGUCAGUGUCCAUCCGUGCCAGCUGUCAGUGCUCAUCCAUGCCACCUGCCAGUGCACAUCAGUGCCACAUCAAUGCCACAUAUCAGUGCCUACCAGUGCACAUCAAUGCCACAUAUCAGUGCCCAUCUGAGCUGCCAGUCAGUGCCACCUAUCAGUGCUGCCAGUCAGUGCCACCUGUCAGUG